GUCUUCCACACACUACUGUAAGUAGUAAUGUUUGGUUGCUCUCCUCUGAAAACAUGUACUCAAAAAUGAAGAUCACGAACAUUCCGUUGACCAUUCUUACUUUCUCAUUCCUCCUCUCCUCAACUUUAUCCUCCCAAUCGGAACCAACCCCUCCCACUGUCUGCAUAAUCGGCAGCGGCAUCGGCGGUUCCUCCGUCGCCCACUUCCUCCGCACAUACUCCAACCCAUCCCACCUACACCAAAUACGCAUCUUCGAACGGCACGGCGUCGUUGGAGGCCGCAUGGCCACCGUCUCAAUCUCCGGCGAAACUUUCGAAGCCGGUGCCUCCAUUCUCCACCCCAAGAACUACCACGCUUUGAAUUACACUAAACUGCUGAAUCUCAAAGUCAACGAGCCGUCGUCUUCUUCUUUCUCGCUUGGCAUUUGGGACGGUCAUAAGUUCCUUUUCAAAACCCUGUAUUCAAAUUCGAAGCUUCCUUUUAUUCAGCAAAUCGUAUCGGCUGCCAAUUCGAUACUCAUGUUCGUUCGUUACGGCUUUUCGCUCUUUAAAAUGAAUAACUUUGUCGAGGGUACUGUGGAUAGUUUUCUGAAGUAUUAUGAAAGUUUUGAGUCGAGGCCGGUAUUCGAGUCCGUGGAAGAAAUGCUCAAAUGGGCAGGUUUAUUUAAUUUAACGACGCGGACAUUGCAAGAGGAAUUAGUUGAUGCUGGGUUGUCUUAUGUUCUGAUACAAGAGCUCGUCACC